AAGAUGCAGAUAUAAAUGUACAGAAGGCCACGCCCCCGUGACCCCGCCCCUCCAGCAGCUCCUUCCGGCUCCGGGUUUUUGUCGCUCUCAGAGGAGAGAAGAUGGCGGCGGCCCAAACUGAACAGAGACCCACCGUCCGCUUUCAGCUCCGAGUUCCUGAGUUUCUCCGCCAAAGACACCGCGAGCUGGCUGGCAGCAGCAGACCUACAGCAGGGGUACCGUCACCUGGCUGCCUAUGUACCCAGAAUCCUUUGCCUGGGGCGAGCGGCGGCCAGCAGCAGGGAGGAGCAGAGGGAAGAGCAGAGGGAGGAGCUGGCCUGUCAGCUGCUCUUAUUGGCUCCUCUGGAAUGGCUUCUGCUGGGGGAGGAGCCUGCUGCCGGCCUGGCGCUGCUGCAGAGAACAACAGCCGUCACCGCUGUGUGGACAUGUUCAAGGUGGGGAGAACCCACCUACUCCUGCAGGAGUGUGCGGCUGACCCCCACCUGUGUCCUGUGUAUGCAGUGUUUCCUGGCAGUCCACAAAGAGCACCGAUACAGGGUGAGUCCUCUGCUGUCUCUGAGGACACCGAGCCUCAGGUGUAAACGGACACUAAGCAGGUUGUGUUGUGGUCAGAUGACCACGUCUGGAGGAGGAGGGUUCUGUGACUGUGGAGAUGCUGAGGCCUGGAAGAACGGACUAUGCCAGAAACACACUGCAGACGGAACCAGGGACACCGAGGAGGACCCUGUCUCUCUGCUGCCUCCUGAACCUGGUCCCGUCAGUUACAGCAUCUUCUCCAUCAUCCUGAAAUACGCUGUGGGACCUGCUGACCUGGAGCAGGAAGAUCUGCUGCCUGCAGGGCUGGCAGCCUCCGGAGAGAGAGACACCUACUACUGCAUGCUGUUCAAUGAUGAAGUCCACACGUGACAGGUGAUCUACACGCUACAGAAAGCUGUCAGCUGCAGCCAGAAGGAGGCGGUCAGCUUCCGCACCGUGGACCGAGACGGCAGGAAGUCAGUUCGAUAUGGAGACCUUCAGUUCUGUGAACAGGCUAAAUCAGUGAUUGUGAGGAACACCAGCCGCCAGUCGAAGCCUCUCCGGGUUCAGGUGAUGCACUCGUCUGUCGUGGCUCAUCAGUGUUUUGCUCUGAAGGCUCUGAGCUGGUUGGGUCAGAUCAUUCAGUACUCGGAUGGUCUGAGGAGGAUCCUGUGUCAGGUCGGCCUACAGAAAGGUCCGGAAGGAGAAAACUUCUUGGUUGACCGACUGAUGCUCAAUGACUCCAAGAUGUGGAAAGGUCAGACUCAGACUGCUGCCUCGAACAUCUACCACCAGCUUGCUUGGAACAGUCUCCUCAUGGAUCUCAAGUACAAGAAGAUCUUCGCCAUCCAGUUUGCCAAGAACUACAGACGCCUCCAGACAGAUUUUAUGGAGGACGACCACGACGAAGUGGCUCAGACCUCCCUGUCUGUGCAGCUCUUCACCGUCCCCCCAUGGUGAGGUACGUCCUCCUCACCUGCACCACCUUUCUCUGUGUUUCCUGUCUGCUGCUAGAACUAUGAGCGCUUGCAGAGUGACUACGUGAAAGACGACCACAACCGCGAGUUCUCCAUCACUGACCUGUCAGUGCAAAUGUUCACCGUCCCAUCUCUGGCCCGCAUGCUGAUGGUGGAGGAGAACCUGAUGACCACCAUCAUCAGAACCUUCGUGGAUCACCUCCGUCACCGAGACCUGCAGGGACGCUUCCAGUUCGACCGCUACAGCCAGCAGGCCUUCAAGUUUGGACGGGUCCAGAGCCUCAUCGGAGACCUCAAGUACGUCCUCAUCAGUCCUCCAUGUGAUUGGACCGAUCAGCUCAGACUGAAGUUCCUGGAAGGUCUGGACGCUUUUCUGGAGCUGCUCAAAUGUAUGCAGGGGAUGGACCCGGUGGUGAGACAGGUGGGACAGCACAUAGAGAUGGAGCCAGAGUGGGAGGCAGCAUUCACUCUGCAGAUGAAACUAACUCACAUCAUCUCCAUGAUCCAGGAGUGGAGCUCCACUGAUGAGCGUGUGCUGAUCGAGGCCUACAGGAAGUGUCUGAAUGCGCUCAGUCACUGUCACAGCAGCCUCCCAGAUGGUGAGCAGCCAAUCAGCUUGAGUCUGGCCGGUCACUGUGUGGAGACGUUCAGGUACCAGGUGUCUCAGGACAAAGUGUCCAUACACCUGCCGGUCUGCAGGCUGCUGGCAGGGCUCCAUGUCCUUCUCAGUCGGACCGAGGUGGCGUCUCGUUUCCCUGAGCAGCUCCCACUGGGUGAACUCAGCCCCCCCCUACUUAUCGAACUCCCUCUCCGCUGCCUGGUGCUCUGUGCCCAGGUGCAUGCUGGGAUGUGGCGGAGGAAUGGCUUCUCACUGAUCAACCAGAUCUAUUAUUACCACAAUGUCAAGUGCAGAGUAGAAAUGUUCGACAAAGACAUCAUCAUGCUGCAGGCGGGAGCGUCCAUGAUGGAUCCAAAUCACUUCCUGAUGAUUGUUCUGAGUCGCUUUGAACUGUUCCACAUUUUCAGCUCUGCAGAUGUCAGAAAGCGAUACAGAGAGGCCAACAAGGACCUGGUCCAACAGAACACUCUGAUUGAGGAGAUGCUCCACCUGAUCAUCAUGGUUGUUGGUGAGCGGUAUGUGGCAGGGGUUGGCCAGGUAGAAGCUUUCGAUGAGGUCAGAAGAGAAAUCAUCCAUCAGCUGUCAAUCAGACCGAUGGCUCACAGUGAGCUGAUCAAGGCUCUCCCUGAAAAUGGGAAUAAGGAGACGGGUCUGGAGAGAGUCAUUGACAGCGUGGCUUCAUUCAAAAAACCAGGUGUGACAGGUCGAGGUCUGUAUGAACUGCGUCCUGAGUGGAACAAACACUUCAACCUGUACUUCCAUCACUACAGCAGAGCCGACCAGUCCAAGGCUGAGGAGGCUCAGAGGAAGCUGAGAAGGCAGAACGGGGAGGACACAGCCCUGCCCCCUCCUCUCCCGCCCCUCUGUCCUCUGUUUGGCAGCCUGGUGAACCUGCUGCAGUGCGACGUCCUGCUGGCUGUAGAGGGCGCUGUGCUCCAGUGGGCCGUGGAGCCCAGCGGGGGAGGCUGGACCGAGUCCAUGCUGCAGAGGGUACUCCACCUAGUGGGCAUGGCUUUACUGGAAGAACAGCAGCAGCUGGAGAACAGCAGCACAGAUGAUGACAUCACCUUCAACUACACCUGCAAGAUCACACGUCCAGGUGAAGCUCCCAGUCCUUCAGGAAGUGUCCUGGCUCUGUUGGAGAGUCUGCAGAAUGCUCCUCACCUGGAGGUCCACAAAGACAUGAUCACCUGGAUCCUCAAGAUGGUGACCAAUGUAAAAACCAUGAGAGAACGAUCGACAGCCUCCUCAACCGUCACCGUGAACCACAACCGAGGGCUGGAAGAGACGGUCAGGGACAAAGACAAGGCGGAGAGGAAGAGGAAGGCAGAGAUGGCUCGGCUGCGCAGAGAGAAGAUCAUGGCUCAGAUGUCUGAGAUGCAGAAACAUUUUAUUAACGAGAACAAAGAGCUGUUUCAGCAAAGUCUGGAGGAGCUGGAGUCCUCAACAUCUUCUGCUGCCGAGCGCAGUCCUCCCAGUUUGGAGCUCACCUGUGUGUCUCAGGUGUGUGUUGGUCCCAGAAGAGUGGGCGGAGCUGAGCGCCGUCAGCUGGUCACCUGCAUUCUGUGUCAGGAAGAGCAGGAGGUCAAAGGUCAUGGCAGAGCCAUGGUGCUUGCAGCCUUCGUCCAGAGAUCCACUGUUUUGUCCAAAAACCGCCACCGCAACCUGCCUGACCCAGAACGCUACGACCCUCUGUUUAUGCACCCUGACCUGGCUCUGGGGAUUCACACUGCCAGCUGUGGACACAUCAUGCAUGCCACCUGCUGGCAGAGGUACUUUGAGGCGGUGCAGCUAAAGGAGCAGAGACGCCAACAACGUCUGAGAGGACACACCAGCUACGACGUGGAGAACGGAGAGUUCCUGUGUCCUCUGUGCGAGUGUCUGAGUAACACUGUGAUCCCUCUGCUGCCACACACACACUCACCUGACCACAGUGUCGACCAUCCCAGUCUGGAGGCGUGGCUUAACUUGACCAAUCAGCAGACAGUAGCACUACACUCCGCCCACAGGAAGCAGGCUGACGGUGCAGCAGAGGGGGCGGAGCCUGCCGUUCCUGAAGGAUUCAGAGUGGACUUCACUCCACAGAACCCGUUCUCCAGCAGCAUCAGUGAGAUGAUCACCACCUUCAGCAUGUCCACCUACAAGGUGGGCCUGAAGGUGAACCCCAACGAGCAGGACCCCCGAGUCCUGGUGCUGAGCUGGUCCACCUGCGCCUACACCAUCCAGAGCAUAGAGCGCCUACUGAUGGACGAGGAGAAGCCAUUGUUUGGAAGUUUACCUUGCCGACAGGACGACUGUCUGAGCUCUCUGACCAGGUUCAGUUCUGCCUGUUGGACUGCAGCUCCUCUCACCUCUGUUCACUCUCACUUCAUCAGACUGCUUGCAGCUCUGGUUCAGGACUCUCAGGUAGAAAACACACCUUGUAUCCUUAACAUGGACAUGUUUCACCUGCUGGUCUACAUGGUUUUGUCCUACAGCUCAGUUCACAGUCUGGACCAAUCAGGACGCAGCGUGGUGGACUCGGGUCACCUCCACCUCCUUCACCUGGUCACUGUCGCUCACCUGGUUCAGGUUCUGCUCACCUCCACCACAGAGGAGGUGUGUAUGGACCAUGACAGUGGAGGAUCAGAGGAGGAGGAGCUCACCUGUCAGCUCUACAACACGCUGAGGAAACACCUGGGCAGUGUGUUACCUGAGGUGUCCUCUGGGUGGCAGCUGUAUCGUUGUGUUAAAUCCGGCCUCCUUCCGUUCCUCCGAGCUGCUGCUCUCUUCUUCCACUACCUGAACUCUGCAGCGCCUCCUGCUGACCUGCUGGGUACAGGUCCUGGUCAGUGGGAGGCGCUGUGCAGCUACCUCAGUCUGCCCUCCAACCUGCUGCUGCUGUACCACAACAACCACACACUGCUGGAUCCACUCAUACACAGGUGGUGUUGUCAUCCAGGUGUUAGACAAACGCUGCAGGGAGGCGGAGUCAUCAUCAGGUUUCCCAGAGAGUCAAACCGUCUGAUUGACCUUCCAGAAGAUUACAGCGUCCUGAUAAACCAGGCUUCCAGCUUCACGUGUCCUCGGUCAGGUGGAGAUAAGUCCAGAGCUCCUACUCUGUGCCUGGUGUGCGGCUCCAUGCUCUGCUCUCAGAGUUACUGCUGUCAGACGGAAGUGGACGGAGAGGAUGUCGGCGCCUGCACCGCCCACACCUUCACCUGUGGAGCUGGACUCGGCCUCUUCCUCAGGGUCAGAGAGAGUCAGGUGUUGUUUGUAGCAGGUAAAACUAAGGGCUGUUUCUAUCCUCCACCGUACCUGGACGACUACGGAGAGACUGACCAGGGCCUCAAGCGGGGGAACCCCCUCCACCUGUGUUCGGAGCGCUACAGGAAGAUCGAGCGUCUGUGGCGGCAGCACGGCGUCGCUGAGGUCAUCGGCCACGCCCAGGAGGCCAAUCAGACGCUGGUUGCCAUCGACUGGCAGCACCUGUGAGGGUUGGUCUGGCUCCGCCCCCUCGCUCAGAGAGAUGGUCGCUGAUUGGCUUUCAGCUGUCUCCCUGCCCCUUUUUUAAUGAUCUGACCCUCCCUUAAUAAACCAGUCAGCUUCCUGCAGCGCUCCAAUCAGCUUUCAGGGAUUUUUCGGGUGUCUCAGUCCACCAAUCAGAGAGAGGCGGUCUCGCUGACAUCAUCCUGCUCAAACAGAACCAGGAAGUCAUUCUGCUAACUCAAGCCCCGCCCACCGGCAGCUGUCACUCAAGUGGAAUGACAAGUCGUACGCCACCACCCAGGUUUCUGAUUGGCUGGCUGUGAAGAUGCGUUUUACUUGUGGGCAAUCACAGAGUGCUUCCUCUGUCUCCAUGGCAACAGCCAUGUUCGGCAGUAGCAGCCAGUUCUAAUGUGAAUCCAUCCAUUCAACAUCUGAUCAGCAGUCAGCCAAUCAGAAGGCUUUCCUCGAUCUCUGGAUCAGUUAUUGAUAAAUCAUCUGUCAGCAGGUCACAUGACCUCAUCAGCCCUCAGACUGAUUGAUUAUUAGUUAUUGAUCUGUUUGGAGAACAGUCGCUUCAUUUUGUCUUGUGGAAGAAACCCAACCAAAUUGAUUGAUUGAUUGAUCGAUCAGUCGAUUAAUUGAUUGAUGAGUUGAUUGAUUAAUCAAUUAAUUGGUUGUUGGAUUGAUGGAUUGAUUGAUCGAUGGUUGUAGCUGCAGGCGGAGUUUGAUUAAUUUUGGUCUCCAUGGUAACAGAGUGAAACAUGAAAGUAGACUGAUCAAUAAAUCAGCUGUUUGUGUCUUAUUGAUCAGCCACAUACCAGAGCUGUGUAUUGAUUAGGAGUGAUCAGUUUUUAUUUGACGAGGUGAUUGGUGGCGUGCUGUGUGAUGUCACUGUUUUAUGUUUUCACUUUAUUUAAACGUCACAUUUUGUUUGAAGCGAAAAACAUUUUGUGUUUGUAGUUUUUUAUGGAGGUCAGCUGAUGGACAGGAAGUCAUUGAUCACACGUGAUGUUAAUAUGUGAAUUCUGUAUAAACGACUACAUGUAUGAUAAUAUUGUAUAAGAAGCAGAAAACCAAUAAAAGACUUUAAACCCUCA